GAUGAUUCGGCAGACGGCGACAUCUAGCGCUUGAAUCGUCAAUCAAUUCUAGCCGUAUGGAUUGGUGGUCGCAUCGGGAACCUCUGGGCCAACAGCCAAGAUCCUGCGCGGCACAAAGACCCACUGUGUAAUAGGUCCUUUUUUGCAGUUGAUGUUCAAGUUCUCCUACAACCAGACUCAUCACUUACUACUCUCCACACACUACGCAAACCGUCCACGUCAGUCGGCCAAGACGCAAUUUAUACAGUUGAAGGACGAAGAAGAAGUCGACGAUGGCAGGAUCGCCGCAGCGUGAAGAAAAUGUGGGCAACGUUGCACAGGUCGUUGUCUUGGUAACGGGCGGAUGCGGAUACGUUGGAACUCACACGAUCCUCAGACUCCUGGAACAAGACGCCCAGGUCGUCGUGGUCGACAAUCUGGCCGGAGUAACUCGCGGAAGCGGCGAGAAGAAACCAGUGAGCCUGGAGCGUGUAGAAGAGUUGGCGGGCAAGACGGUCAAUUUCCACAAUGUCGACAUCAGUGACGCCGAGGCCCUUGACAAGAUUUUCAAAUUGUAUCGAUUCGACUGUGUCAUUCAUUUGGCCGCCCUGAAAUCGGUUGGAGAUUCCUGCAGUUUGCCGCUCGACUAUUACCGGAAUAACGUGGCCGGCACCAUCACUCUGUUGGAGGUAAUGAAAAGCCACCAAGUCGUGAAAUUGGUCUUUUCGUCGUCGGCCACUGUUUACGGCGAGCCGCAAUAUUUGCCCGUCGACGAGCAGCACGUGACUGGGCAGCGGGUCACCAAUCCUUACGGCCGAACCAAGUACUUUAUCGAAGAAAUAUUGCGCGAUCUCUGCACUUCUGACCCGAAAUGGAGCGUCAUCUGCUUGAGGUAUUUUAAUCCAGUGGGAGCUCAUCCAUCCGGAAGGAUCGGCGAAGAUCCGGCCGGAGUUCCCUGCAAUUUGAUGCCUUACGUGGCUCAAGUGGCCGUUGGUCGACUUGAGAAACUGGCCGUUUACGGCAAUGAUUAUUCAACGCCAGAUGGCACUGGUGUCCGGGAUUACAUCCACAUCAUGGACUUGGCUGAAGGACAUUGGGCGGCCACCAAGAAAAUCCUGAAGGAAAAGGGGGCCAAAGGGGAAGGAGUGGAAAGUUCCUGGCUGGCCUACAAUUUGGGUCUGGGUCGCGGCUACUCGGUCCUGGAGGUGGUGAAAUGUUUCGAGUCGGUCAGCGGCCGUCCCAUCGCCAUGGAUUUCGUCAAACGGAGAGAAGGAGACGUCGCUUCCAGCUACUCGGAUUGCAGCCUGGCCGGCAGCCAGCUGGAUUGGAAGGCCAGCCGCACUCUGACCGACAUGUGCCGGGACAUGUGGAACUGGCAGUCGAUCAAUCCCAAUGGAUACCAAUCCAAUUGACGGAAGAGAUACCGAAGAAUAAGGACAAUCCAUUGAACUCGCCAGCUCAAAAAAGUCCCUCAACAAAAAAACCAAAGAAAAAAGAAAAGGGAAAUUGUUCCAGUUCCUUUUGGUUGUUUCUCUUUUUCUUACUUACUUUUAUAUAUAGAUGAUCUAAGAAAAACGAUGUCUAUAUUUUGAUACCCCCCACAUAGUAGAAAUCGAGCCCAAUUGAGGCUCUGCUUUUUUAUUAUUAUUAUUUCAAGAAUAAUAAAAAAAAAACUCUGGCAUUUGGA